AUGGAUACUGAAGACAACUCGCGUAUUAAUUUAUCAUUUCUUGUUGAUCUUACAGAUGGAUCGAAUACAUUAAUUACAACUAAAGAAGUCAAAAAACGUCGUCAGCAAACGAUAAUGUGCAAUAAAAAAAUCUAUUAUUUCAUGGAAAAGUAUGCGCAUAUCAAUGCAAUCCAUUAUGUUCAUAUUGCUAAACAAAUGAGGGAGAAAUAA